AUGGCUCUCAACCGCCUUGGAACAGUCGUCAAGCUCUCCACUCCGUGGAAAGGAGUCGGACCGUUCAUCUAUGCCAACCACCACGUCGACAAGUAUCCAAAGGGCAACGGCCGGAUGGGCCCCGAUCCCAAGCUGCUCAAGGGCCGCAAGAUUGGUCAGGACAUGUCCGGCGAGUCUGGCACGGGGUGGAACAUGUACAUGUCCACUGGACCUAUCCCGGGCUUCCCAGCACACCCGCACCGCGGCUUCGAGACGGUAUCUCUUCUUCGAUCUGGAAUUGUCGACCACGCAGACUCGACGGGCGCGGGCGCACGCUAUGGCGCCGGCGACGUGCAGUGGGUGACUGCUGGAGCCGGUGUGCGGCACUCGGAGAUGUUGCCUUUGAUUCACGACGACAAGCCCAACACCAUGGAGCUGUAUCAGCUCUGGCUCAACCUGCCAAAGAAGAGCAAGUUUGCACCACCUCAGUUCUGCAUGCUCUGGAACGAGAACGUGCCCAUUGCCAAGCGGGGCGGCGCAUCCAUCCGAGUCAUUGCUGGCAAAUAUGAGGACGUGACUCCCCCCAACCCUCCCCGUGCAAGCUACGCUAGCGAGUCCAGCUCAGACCUGGCCAUCUGGCUCGUCGAGCUUGAGGCUGGAGCAACCGUGACACUCCCUGGCGCCAACGAUCCCAAGACCCUGCGCACCCUGUAUGUCCAUGGCGACGACGCAAAGGUCACUAUUGGAGGAGCAUCGGUUGAGAGCGAGUAUGGACUCGAGGUCACCAAGCCGACUGACCCAAUGGAGAUCAAGGCCGACACAACGUCUCGCAUCCUCGUGCUCCAGGCCACCGAGAUUGGCGAGCCCGUGGUGAUCAAGGGCCCAUUUGUCAUGAACACUGAAGACGAGAUCAAGGACGCGUACCGUGACUACAAGGCGACGCACUUUGGGUGGGAGAAGCACUGGGAUCGCCAGGACCCCGUCUAUCCAAAGGACACGCCGAGGUUUGCCGACUUUGGGGACGGUAACAAGGUCUAUCCGCCCACCAAGUAG